AGGGGCGGGCGCCGAGGGCGGGCGCGGUGUUCGCCCUCGCCCUUGGCCUCGCCCCCGCCCCGCCCCUGAGCUGCUGCCAAUCAGUGGAGCGAGAAGCCGGAUUGGCCAAGGGAAGGCUGUUGCCCGGGAGCCGACGCCCCGCCCCUCCGCCCCCUUGCCCGCCCCCUCUACUCCUCCGCCCUCCCCAGGGCCCUGGGAAGGGGCGCAGCGUGGGAAAGGGAUGGUUGAGUUUUAACCGGAGGCAGAGAGUGAGCAGGACCAGUGUGUGCGGAGCGCGAGCAGCCGAGCGCGGAGAGGCGCCGCUGCAGUUAACUCCUCCCUGCCCGCCGCGCCGACCCUCCCCCGGAUCCCCCGCGUAGCCAGCAUGAAGCGAGCCCACCCCGAGUACAGCUCCUCCGAUAGCGAGCUGGACGAGACCAUCGAGGUGGAAAAGGAGAGUGCGGAUGAGAAUGGGAACUUGAGUUCGGCUCUAGGUUCCAUGUCCCCAACUACAUCUUCACAGAUCUUGGCCAGGAAAAGACGGAGAGGCAUCAUUGAGAAGCGCCGACGAGAUCGGAUCAAUAACAGUUUGUCUGAGCUGAGGAGGCUGGUACCCAGUGCUUUCGAGAAGCAGGGAUCUGCCAAGCUAGAAAAAGCCGAGAUUCUGCAGAUGACGGUGGAUCACCUGAAAAUGCUGCACACUGCAGGGGGGAAAGGCUAUUUUGACGCGCACGCCCUUGCUAUGGACUAUCGGAGUUUGGGGUUUCGGGAAUGCCUGGCAGAAGUCGCCCGUUACCUGAGCAUCAUUGAAGGACUAGAUGCCACGGACCCGCUUCGAGUUCGACUGGUCUCGCAUCUGAACAACUAUGCCUCCCAGCGGGAAGCGGCAAGCGGCGCUCACGCAGGCCUUGGACACAUUCCCUGGGGGAGUGCUUUCGGACAUCACCCGCACGUCGCGCACCCCCUGUUGCUGCCCCAGAAUGGCCACGGGAACACUGGCACCACGGCCUCGCCCACGGAACCCCACCACCAGGGCAGGUUGGCCACGGCACAUCCGGAGGCGUCGGCUUUGCGGGCGCCCCCUAGCGGCAGCCUUGGACCGGUGCUCCCCGUGGUCACCUCCGCCUCCAAACUCUCGCCGCCUCUGCUCUCCUCGGUGGCCUCCCUGUCGGCCUUCCCCUUCUCUUUUGGCUCCUUCCACUUACUCUCUCCCAAUGCACUGAGCCCUUCGGCACCCACGCAGGCAGCAAACCUUGGCAAACCCUAUAGACCUUGGGGGACGGAGAUUGGAGCUUUUUAAAGAACUGAUGCUGUAGAAUGAGGGAAGGGAAAGCUUAAAAUCCCAGCUGAGCUGGGCUGUUGCCAACAUCACCUUAAAGUCAUCAGUAAAAUAAAAAGGAAGAAGGUACACUUUCAGAUAAAUUUUGUUGAAAGACGAAAGGUUUGUUGGUUCACUUUUUCCUUUUUAAUGUUUUUUUUAUCAUGUCAUGUAUUAGCUGUUUUAAAAAACUAGUUGUUAAAUUUUGUUCCAGACAUUAAAUUGAAAUAGUGAAUAUAAACC